GGCAAAUAAAACUGCGAUGGGUGGAGGAAAGCAGGGAGGUAAGAAAGGCAAGGGGAAAGCGCUAGCCCAAUCCGGGUCCAAGCGCUUACGCCCGGAAGGACAAGCGAGUCAGUUUACCUCUGCUACCAGCGGAGUUUAUUCCAGCGAUGAUACGCCGAUGACGCCGAGCAUGAUGGCCGCGAUGCUGCGGUCGCAGCGGAGUGCUGCAAUGGAGCCGGGAUCCGCCCAGCCGCGGGGAUCGCGAAUCGGAGCCGGAUCAGGGAAGGCUCGCGACUGCUGCGGUUGCUAAAUUCGGGCUGUUCUUAUCCCGGAGGUAGUUCCUCUAUGGAGGAUAUCGCGCGGGAAUGAAGACGAGUGAAAAAUUACUUUUUAAGAAUGUAAGCAAGCACAUGGAGGUGGAGAUGCUGUGUUUGCCAAAGUUUUUGUGUACUCACAUAGGGGACAAAUCAGACCAGUUUAGUUUUUGGUAGCUGGUGAAUCUAAACCAUCCUGUUUGUUUUAGAAUUACGUUGUUUCUUCCGUCUAUGUGUCUUUUAGGUCCGUUUGUCUUUGCCUUUUGCAGGACGACACCAAAUCACAGAGAGUAGAAUCACCGACGAGGAGCACACUUUUGCAUUGAAUAGCCCUGCAAAGAGCUCAAUCAGUCUUCUUGUAAAGUCUCAGCUGAUGCGGGGAGCGCGUCGUGCCUUCGGCCUAGACGAGACAGCAGUACAAUUUUGGCAAAGCUUUUGCAGUGGAUAAAGGAAUGUUGAAAACAUAAAACAGACUCAAACGGCUACCCGCAUAGAGAGCGAAAGAUCAGACAAAUCAAAUCUGUUCCUAAAGAUAUAGAACGAUCUGAUCUGCAUGUGGACAUGAAUAGCGUAGAAGUGAGAAUCGAUCCGCCGUGCUCUGCAGUAACAAAAAAAGGUUCCUAGGGUGUUUUGAUCCAUCAUAAGUUCCAAAAGAAAUGCUUGAAACUACGGAAAGAGGUUCAAAUUAUAGAGAGCGAUCGUGAUGUAGUAUGUUGUUGCAGAAAUGAAAUCAAGUAACGUCAGACGACACAGUGAAGAUCCAAAUGCUGAUCUGGAAGGCGCAUGAUAGAUCGAAAAGACUAGAUCUGAGAAAAUAUGGAGAUCUGGUAUGCGAGGCUUGAAAUCACUCGCACGAGUUCAUAUGCAAAAAGCUUCUAAAUCAAAUGCACUUCUUCUAAAACCUCUCUUCAUACGAUCUCUUACUUUACCUUACAAAACAGGGACAACUAAGGUGGCUGCUAACAAGUCAGCUCUGUUUUUCUCAACCGUAGAUUUGUGAAUCUCACAACAAAACCACAAGAUGGCUCGUGGACCGAAGAGACACAUGAAGCGCAUGGCUGCGCCGUCCCACUGGAUGUUGGACAAAUUGACCGGCGUGUGGGCCCCGAAGCCGUCCUCCGGUCCCCACAAGCAGCGUGAGUGCUUGCCGUUGAUCGUCUUGCUGCGUAACCGCCUGAAAUACGCCCUGAACUACAACGAGGCUAAGAUGAUCCUCGUCCAGCGUCUGGUCAAGGUCGACGGAAAGAUCCGCACCGACCACACCUACCCGGGUAUGAAUCAAUUAAUUUUUGAUUUGAUUUUCUUCUCAAACAAGAGUUGACGAUUCCAGCAGCAGUAGAUACACUUUUCGUUGUUUUGACAUGCAAUCAUUCAAACUAAAAAUCUAAAAAACAGCUGGCUUCAUGGAUGUCGUCUCUCUGGAGAAGACUAAGGAGACCUUCCGUCUGUUGUACGACACCAAGGGCCGCUUCGUGAUCCACAAGAUCACCCCGGAGGAGGCCAAGUACAAGUUGUGCCGCGUCAAGGCCGUCGAGAAGGGCGCCAAGGGUACUUUACUUCUAAAUUGUUGAGCUCUUUUAUGCUUAGAAAGUUACAUUUUCGAUGCGUAAGUUCUUUGAGACAGGUUUUCGUUUUUUUCAUGCGCAACAUUAUGCAUUUAUUUCUGAUGUAAUUUCCGUUUUAAACGCAAAACCAGGUGUCAACCAUGUCGUCACCCACGACGGACGCACCAUCCGCUUCCCGGACCCGGAUGUCAAGACCAACGACACCAUCCGUCUGGACAUCGAGUCCGGCAAGAUCCUGGACCACUGCAAGUUCGAGCACGGUAAGAAGAUCUUUCAAUGUUUGUUGCCGUACUGCGUAGCUGCGGCGUUUGCAUUCUUUAGGUGGUCUUGCAGUGCUUUAGGUGGCUUUAGCUUGAAUCUAUGGAAGUUUGCUCUUGCUUUGCACUAUCCGUAAUUUUUUAGCCAAAGUGUCUUCUAAAACGAAAUUCCAGGUAACGUGUGCAUGAUCACCGGUGGAAACAGUAUCGGUCGUGUUGGUGUGAUCACCCACCGUGAGAAGCACCCGGGAUCUUUCGAGAUCGUCCACUUGAAGGAUGCCCAGGACCACCAUUUCGCCACCCGCCUGCAGAACGUGAUGGUGAUCGGAAAGGAGACCAAGCCGUGGAUCUCCCUGCCGAAGGGCAACGGAAUCAAGCUCAACAUCUGGGAUGACCGCAAGAAGCGCAUGGGCAACUAAAUCUCUGAUCAUGGGAUGAUCCCUUUCAAGCCGCUGGGUUUUUUAAGAACACACGGCGAUGAAGGAAGAGUGAUUUCACGUUCAGAACUAUCGGAACACACCAUCGGAACACAGAACAGAACCUUUAGAAUCUACGGUAGAGGAUGAAAACAAACUAGUAGCUGAGCUGCAAGUUGUUAGCAGAGU